GUUCUGGAAGAGCAACGUAAUUUUUGUCAUAAGGAUUAGCAAAGGGAAAUAGAGAUUGUCACGAUUUUUCAUCCAUUUAGAGAUGAAUUAUACACCAGAGACAUUCUCAAUAGGAGUUCCUGGAAACAGAGGAGUAAAUUUUGUAGGCGGUAAUGUAGAUCUUAGUGGAACACUGAUUAUUAAGGCUCGUCUAGGGGAUGAUAUACGAUGCAUUCCAAUUCACAACGAAGACUUGACUUACGAUGAUCUACUGUUGAUGAUGCAAAGAGUUUAUCGUGGUAAACUCAGUAGCACGGAUGAUAUUACAAUCAAAUAUAAGGAUGAAGAUGGCGAUCUAGUGACUAUUUUCGACAGUUCUGAUCUUGCAUUUGCACGAACAAUAUGCAGAAUAUUAAAGAUUACAUUGUUUGUGAAUGGAGUACCCAGACCACCUGAGCACACACUAGUUGCUGAGUUUAGACGAGAAUUAAGGGAGAUAAGAGAUAGGAUUAAUUAUCUUCUCAAUAGACUGGAAAUUAAGGAUGAUAAUGAGGAUCAUCAAGGGGGACAAGAACAGCCAAAUGAUAAACCAAGUAUGCAAGGUCUCCCUAAUGAAAGAACACUUCCUGCUCAAGUGCCUCCUAAACCGACCCCUGAGGUAACCAUGUUUGAUCCUCUUGCUAAGGAAAAGCCGCAACCAGACAGUUCAACAGCAAACAUCUCAGGACAACUGUACCCCAGCACUGCAGGCACUACUGAAGGACUAGCUUCCAAGAACCAAGAGCCAACUUCACAAGGGUAUCAUCCACAGUCAGUCCCAGCAUCACAGCAGAUGCAGCUUCCGGGGCAGCAGAACAUUACACCAUCACCUGCAAACAAAGUGGCAGGGUCGUACGCCCAGCAAACUCAGUAUCCUCAGCAGGCUAGCCAACCUGGACAAAAUGCUCCACAGUCUUAUGCUCCCACCUCCACCCAGACACAGUCUUCUUACCCAGGUAUGACAAGUUCUGCAUCAGGGUAUCCAGCUAGCCAACCACAGCAGCAGCAGCAGUAUAGUCAACCAAGUCAACAAAGUUACCCUCCACAAAGUCAGACUUACUCACCUGCAGGGGCAGCACCCUAUUCAGCUACAGGACAGACACAGACACAGAGUUAUCAGGGUUAUGUACCUCAGCAGCAGCAGCAGCAGCAACAGCAACAGCAACAGCAGCCUGCCACACAGAAUGCUUAUGGAAGUACUCAAGGGUAUAUCAGCACCCAACCAUAUUCACAGCAGCAAGGGUACAAUCAGUAUGGUUAUAAUUAUCCACAACAGCAGUCAUAUCCCACAUACUGAUACUUUUGGCCUAUUGCCAUGGAGGUGGUUUUUUGCUAACAAUGUAAAAGAUUUUGUUGUACCAACAUCGUUUAGGUAAUUGGGUUCAGUAGUACUUUGUAAUGCAAUUUACACAAUGACUGACUUGCUAUAGAUUGAACAGUCAAAUCUCUCUGGGGUGGACACUGUCAAAACAAAUCCCUUGAUUUUGUUGUUGAAACAAGCUAAGUUUUUGUGACAGUGAAACGGAAGGGACUGAUUCUGAGUGUCUCUUGUGUGCAGGUGUCUGCCCUAUAUGGGUGUCCAUUCAGAGAGAAGUGAUUUUCUUUCUAUAAUGACAGAAACCCUCAGACAACACAAAAUAAUUGUGUAUACUGUAUUUAUUUGGCUCUGAUUUUGGUUACAGAACACUUUAACUGCUACACUUUCUUUUUCAACCCCAGCUCAAGAGCUUAUGAUUAAUAAAGAAAGCAAAAUGAUCUUAAAUUCUGUGUUUCAGCUCCUCUUAAAAAUAUUUGUACUUGGUCUAGUUUCCAAUACAUUCUCUUGCUAAGAUUGACAUCAUCACUGUGAAACUUAAUAACGACUGUCAGUAUUGAAAAUAUUUAUGGAUUGUUUCAACUGAACCUUUGAAAGCAAAAGUGAUUAGUUUGUCGCUUUGAGGUUUGCUUGUGCCAAAGUUUAUUCUUUAUUGGUACAAAACUGACUUGUCAGAUCUAAAUCACAAGAGGUCAUGAUUGGUUUGAUUUUCACAGUGAGGUAAUAUAAUACUUUUCAACCAAAAAAUGGUCAAGACCCUUUGAACCUUGGGUGUGUACAUAGAACUUAAUGAUGUUUGAAUAUACAGUUUGUCUUUAACUUAGAGACUGAGGAAUUUCUUAACCAGUGUGAGUGAGCUACAGAUUGAACUCUUAACUAAAUAGUUGUAAAACUACUUUGACACGUGUGAAGAAGGUUUGGAACUUUUUAAUUAACCAUUCUUUUUCAUGGUGACUUUCACAACCAAAUUUUUUAAAAGUGCUGUAACUUAUUUUUGUAAAAACUAUCCAUCAGUGUAGGCUAUGAAAAAUGAAGAUUGAAAGGUAAAUGCCAUCUAAACCAUCUGGUAAAUGUCAUAAAAUACGCAGAAGAGUCGAAGGCAAUUGUCUUAUUGAAAAUAGGUGAGAGUUAAGGUUGACAAUAAAAAAAAUUAUUUAGAAUGUU